UGUGUGAUUUUUCAAAUAUAGGCAAGUGAGUCUGGCUGGGAGAGCGUUGGUGUUAGAAAUCAGGCCCAAGGCCGAAAUUGGCAAUCCGGAUUUGGUAUAGAAAAAUCAAAAGGUCUCUCUGGACCUAGUUUCUGGCAAGAGGGAGGGAGCAUUCCUCCAACCCACCUGCAAGGGUCCCAGGACUGGGGAUGGGCAGGGACUUCUGCAAUGUGGUGGUUCGAGGGUUGUUUUUUUUGUGUCAUCGUUUUAUUCAUUAAUGAAACUGAUAUCGUUCAGACUUGAUCACUAGGAAGGCAAGUAUUUCUCAGCGAGAUGGGUAAGGAGCCCGAGCAAGGUAGAUGCUUUCUCUGUGCCAAUUCCCCUCAUCCUGUGAUGGUCUCAGCUUUCAGUCUGGGACUCAGUUCCCUCCAGCCCAAUCCCAGUCUCCCAGUUGGGUAAAUUCAGUGGUUACUGGGACCCUUGGGAAGUUCAUUGGGAAACCCCAGAUUCCCCCAGGUUUACCAGAUCCCCAUUUUGGUCCCACUGCCUGAGACCCUAGCAGGUGGCAGAGUGAGCAAAUUUAGACAGAAAGAGCCUGCCUGGGGCCAGGGAGGUGGGGGAAACGGGGUUCCCCCACAGGCUUCAGGGAUUAUUCCCCUUUUCUGGCCCCAGGAGGUACGGGAGGCUGGGAGGGGCCGGAAUAUCAUCUGGCUGCAUCUUUUAUGGUUCCUCAUUGCCCUUCAUUCGGAAAUGAAACGCCUUUGAUCUUUUUCUCAGGUUGUAAACGGAAUUGCCCAUCAUUAAAUAUCCGGGGCCCCAUCUGUUUGGUCUCCCAGCAUUUUUCUUUACAGCUGUUUCUCUCUCUUUUUACCAUUGAAUUUUUCCAAAAGGACUUUUAUGACACCUCCUUCACACCCAGCCGCCUCUGCCUCCUCCCUUCGCAGAGAGGCGCCUAGGAAAAUAUCUAGAUACUCGUUUGAUGGCAAACUAAAGGCUGCGAGGGGCACGGAGGAGCCGAUUGGGGUUUUGUUUUUCUUUAAAAAAAAAAAAAUAAAAGUCCUGGGGGGAGGGGAGGGGCGCAAGGGCACCCAGAAGGGCCUGAUUCUGACUUCGCUGCAGCCUCGGGAUGACCCUUUCUCCUUUUGUGCUUAGCUAAUGUUUACAUCUCAUAAUUCAUGCGCCGCCCAGGGUUGUGCGGCAGCCCCGAGGUUCGCGUCCCUUUGCGGGACCGGCUGCUUCUAUUUCUGAUAGAAGAGAAAGAGAGUUGAAAACCUUGAAAUCCCCAAAAUGGACCCGCAGUGUCUUUUCCUGCUCCCAGAGCUCAAAUGUAGAACAAAACGAAAUAAAAUCAAAGCACUGAAACUACACCCCAAACGAAGAAGGCGCGGAAAGUAGGAGAACUGGAAAAUUUCUGGGCCAAGAAGAUCUGUCUGUCUUCUGUAUAUACCCUGUAGAUCCGAAUUUGUGUAAGGAAUUUUGUGGUCACAAAUUCGUAUCUAGGGGAAUAUGUAGUUGACAUAAACACUCCGCUCAUUUUUUUUCCCCGAAGAAUUUUUUUUUUUCCCAAAAAGAGGACCAUCCGAUGACUGACUGCUCGAAGACUCCUUCCUCUUUUUUUUUUUUUUUCCUUCCUUCUUCUUUUCCUUCCUCAUUAGUUAGGGAUGGAGGAAUCAUCUACCUGAAAUCUCUCAUGCCUGCCCCUGGAAGUCUUGGUCACUUUUCCACUUUUCUUAAUAGGUUAAUAUUGGUGGUGGUGGUGUUUUAUCUUCUCCUCCAAGCCCACUUAUUCUCUAUUCUGGGAUCAGGGAGGCUUUACUGAGAAUCCGGAAAAAAUGACUAUUGUCGUCAGUGUGAGAAGGCAAAGAAAAUCGUUUUUCAAACGGAUGUUGAGGUCGCCUUUUCGUUUGGGAUCUGAACAAGAUGCCCUGGAAAUAUGCAAUUAUUAAGGGGUGUUACUGUAUGUGGGGGUCAUCCUAGGGCUCCUACACUCAGCAACAGAAGGUUGUGCGAUUUCUGUUCACUGCAGAGGCAGCUGCAUUAGCGGCAAUUAGAACGUCUGGACACCGUGGUUAGCACUGCUCGGGUGGUUCUGGAAUUAGCAAAUUGCUAUUCGGCGUGCUCUGAAAAGUUGCAGGAUUUUUACUCCAGCACUCGUGUUCAGUGUGGGAAACCAAGUCGUUUCUUCCGGCGUGGGCCGUGUGGGGCAAGGGGAGAGGAGUGGAUAAGAGAGGUGAACGGACGGACUGACUGAUACAGCCAAACUAAUAGCGCAGCUAAAUGCGAUUUGGAAGGGGAGGUCUCCCCGAAUUAGUGCAUGAAUUUCCUAUCGAUCCGCCCGCGGUUCCAUUCAUCUCUGACAAGUCCCUCCUGCACCCGCCUGCUUGCUCCCGACGCCUCCUCUCUCACUCCCUACCCCUCCCCAGGCGACUGCGGAGAAAAGCCCGCUGCUCAGUGCCCUCUCGCCCCCCAUGUAGGUUCCCCUCUCUAAGCGGAGCCCCCAGUCUGCCCCUCACUUAACUCCCCACCCAGACUCCUGGGCUCCUUCCCGUCGUGAGGAGGGGAUGGGGGACUCUGGGAGGCAGAGGAUGCGGGGCGGUGAGGCGGGACAGGAGGGGGCUGCACCGAGAGCCCCAACUUCCGAGGGGAUCCAAGGAUUGUUCUCUGCCCAGCGCCCCAACAGGCCCUCCGGCGGCACCCUGCCCUCUUCCUUUCAUUCUCUUCCCCUCUUUUUCUCUCACUCUCUUUCUCCGAUCCCGGAGAGAGCUAGGCGAGGAGGCGGUCGCCCCGCAGGAGCCCUAUGUAAAUCCUGGUGUUGGGUGGGUGGGGAGGGGGAAAGAGAAGAAGGGGAAAUAAACCUCUUUGGCUGGAGUAGGGUCCGGGUGAGCAGAUUUCCUUAUCCGGGAAUCGCAGGCGGGGCGGCCAUUGGCUCCGAGGAUCACGUGGGCCCCUAACUUUGUUCACUUGACAGUAAGUAGGAGGGCUUUCGGAAACAGGAAAACGAGUCAGGGGUCGGAAUAAAUUUUAGUAUAUUUUGUGGGCAAUUCCCAGAAAUUAAUGGCUAUGAGUUCGUUUUUGAUCAACUCAAACUAUGUCGACCCCAAGUUCCCUCCGUGCGAGGAAUAUUCACAGAGCGAUUACCUACCCAGCGACCACUCGCCGGGGUACUACGCCGGCGGCCAGAGGCGAGAGAGCAGCUUCCAGCCGGAGGCGGGCUUCGGGCGGCGCGCGGCGUGCACCGUGCAGCGCUACGCGGCCUGCCGGGACCCGGGGCCCCCGCCGCCUCCGCCACCACCCCCGCCGCCCCCGCCACCGCCCGGGCUGUCCCCUCGGGCUCCUGCGCCGCCACCCUCCGGGGCCCUCCUCCCGGAGCCCGGCCAGCGCUGCGAGGCGGUCAGCAGCAGCCCCCCGCCGCCUCCCUGCGCCCAGAACCCCCUGCACCCCAGCCCGUCCCACUCCGCGUGCAAAGAGCCCGUCGUCUACCCCUGGAUGCGCAAAGUUCACGUGAGCACGGUAAACCCCAAUUAUGCCGGCGGGGAGCCCAAGCGCUCUCGGACAGCCUACACUCGCCAGCAGGUCUUGGAGCUGGAGAAGGAAUUUCACUACAAUCGCUACCUGACGCGGCGCCGGAGGGUGGAGAUCGCCCACGCGCUCUGCCUCUCCGAGCGCCAGAUCAAGAUCUGGUUCCAGAACCGGCGCAUGAAGUGGAAAAAAGACCACAAGUUGCCCAACACCAAGAUCCGCUCGGGUGGCACCGCAGGCUCAGGCGGAGGGCCCCCUGGCCGGCCCAAUGGAGGCCCCCCCGCGCUCUAGUGGCCCCCACGCGGGAGCCAGGAACCUCGGGGCGGGUGUGGGUUGUGAGCGCGGGGAGGGGGGCGGGGGAGAGAAGCGGGAGGGGACCCUGGGGCCUGGGUCCGCCAAAACCUACCUGCCGCCCCCCACUUUAUCUAUUUACACGAAUAAACGCAGAGGAGGGGGAGGGGAAGCUUUAUUUAUAGAAAUGACAAUAGGGAGCCGGGGGAGGCCCCCCCAAAAGCAAGGUUCAAGUCUCUUGCUUUCUUCCUUAAAAGAAGAAGAAGUAGAAGAAGAAGGAAAAAAAAAAAAAAGGAAGGAAGAAAAAGAAGAAGAAGAAGAAGAAGAGAAAGAAGAAGACAGAAAGAGAAAUAGGAGGAGGUUGCACUCCUCGCUUUCAGCUUUGGCGAAGAUGGAUCCACGUUUCAUCUUUAAUCACGCCAGGCCCAGGCCCAUCUGUCUUGUUUACUCUGCCGAGGAGAGGACGGGCCUCGGUGGCGACCAUUACCUCGACACCCGGCUAACAAAUGAGGCCCGGCUCGGCCGCCGCCUCUGCUGCUGCCGCCGCUGGAAGACAGCCUGGAUUUUCUUUCUUUGUCCCCUAUUCCUGACACCCAGCGAAAGCACCCUGUGACUGCCAGAUAGCACAGUGUUUUGGCCACGGUAACACACACACACACACACACACACACACACACCCUGCUCCCCUCCCGUGCCCCUCCACAGGGAGAACACUGACUUCUCACCCCCCUUGCACUGCUGGGCUGGGCUGGGGGCGGGCAGCAGGAAGGGGACAAGUGGAGGCAGGGGUGGUCUUGGCAACAGCAGGAGCAGGCAGGGAAGUUGAGUCCGAGGG